UCCACUAAUUUGAAGAAUUUAUAGAUGCACCCUGUGCAAUUUUCGUAUGUUCUUCCCGCUCUUCGGUCCAAAUUUCAGGCUACAAUUUACUGGAAAUAUGCUCUCAGGUGCUCAACUUCAAACUGAAGUCUGUAGGAUGCCCGUAUAUCUUGGCAUACCGCAAACUUCAACUGUAAAAAGUUGGGGUCUACAGCAUAGAGAGAUGCAUCCAUCGAUCACCAAAACCUUUCGGAAAAUGAAAAUAACAUGCAUCCUAAACCACUCAGUAGAAGUUUCUCACCGUCAUAAGGAACAUGAAGUCAAUAGACCUUUAGUUAAAAUCUGUGGAGUCACAUCAACUAGAGAUGCUGCCCUGGCAGCAGAAGCUGGUGCAAAUUUUAUAGGGAUGAUUGUUUGGCCCAACUCAGAGCGUUCUAUUUCACUUCCUGUUGCAAAAGAAAUUUCAACAGUGGCAAGAUCAUAUGGAGCAGAGCCUGUUGGGGUAUUUGUAGAUGAUGAUGCAGAAACAAUACUAGAAGCUUCUGAUAAAGCAGACCUUGAAUAUGUGCAGCUUCACGGAAGUGCUUCUCGUGCUGCUUUUCCAAUCUUGGUGAGAGAAAACCGAGUAAUAUAUGUUCUUCAUGCGAACCAAGAUGGAGAUCUUUUGAACUCUAUUUCUGAUGAAGAAAGUUCUCUAGUUGAUUGGGUUCUUGUGGAUAGUGCUAAAGGCGGCAGUGGUAAAGGGUUUAAUUGGUCCCGGUUUACGAUGCCACCAGUUAAAAGCAAACAAGGAUGGUUGCUGGCCGGAGGGAUUAAGCCUGAGAAUGUGUACGAGGCCCUUUCAGUACUUAAACCUCAUGGAGUUGAUGUUAGUAGUGGCGUUUGUGCUCCAGAUGGCAUUCAGAAGGAUAAAUCUCGGAUAAUGUCCUUCAUGAGCGCUGUGAAUUCUGUACAUUAUUGACUGAUAUGCCAUGUCAUACGUCUAAACUAAGAAGGUGGAAAACAACCAAUAUGUAGCUAUUGUGUUUGUUCUGAAUUCUGGUUGAUCAUUAUCAUGUGUUUUUCUUUUCCAUUUACUCUUCAAGAGCAUAAAGAUUUGUGAGUCGAAUAUAUUAUUUUUAUUUUCUAAUAUAUUAAGUUUUUUU